UUACCGAUAUCCGUAACUCCACGUGACGAGGAAGUAACACCUGCUACAGAAAAUCCCCAAAAGCGAACCUACGACCAGCUAGCUCCUCCCAUUCCAUGCGGUUGCACCAACGAUGAUUCGCAAGCAACCAAAGGGCCUAUCUACUGCCGGCCCUAAAUACAAUUACACUCAUACAGAGAUGAGUAGAGGGAGGGAUACACGUAGCAAAACCAAAAUCAGGCACCACCUCCGUAGAGAUUUAAAGCCUGCAUGAAAUGUGUCUCCGCGUUAGUUGAUAUCUUAACUUCGUGUCACGAUUAUGUGGCUCAUUAAAGUACAACGAAUAGUAUUUAAAAAAACUUAAUACCGUGACAACAAAUUUACGGGUGUUCUGCAAAACUUUGUGAAAUGUUGUAGUGCAACUUCAAUUUCAUUUAAUAUUUUUAUUGUAAUUAGAAAAAUGUGUGUCAUCAAUAUUCCGUGUUAUGCGGAAACGUAAUUUACAAAAACUGAUCAAAGAAGAGUCAGAAUUUGUGAAGAGAAUUUCAAGGUGGAAAAGUAUCCAAGCUUCUCACAAAAAUUGUCCUAGAAAAAUUGUCGACAGAAACGCGCAAGUAAUGUAUCCCGUAGUAUCGGAAUAUGAGUCGAUAGCAAGAAAAAAUGAAGGAUCAGAAAGAACUAGUUUGCCUCAAAAAUAUCAAAUAUCAAGUACAAAACACUCAGACUACGUCAAUUUUCCUAUGAUCGGAAGGCCUAAUUUCUUUAUGAGCAGACCGCUUGUUCGAGCCGCUGGAUUAAUUAAAGGAAACUCUACAACAGAAGUUAUCCACGUCAAUACGUUAUCCGAAGGAAACACGUCAAUCAUCCAACAUAGUGUUGUUGAAAUUAUUGACGUCAGUGGUCGUCUUCACUGUCUGAAUGCAUCUAUAAGCCCAUCCUGUUGGCUGAAAAUCAUCACCUUGGCGACGGAUUUCCAAAAUUACAACGUUCUACUCACGAUUAGCAAUGGCGGACUCGUGUUAAAAACAACAAAAGACAUAGCAUCUGGGGAACCAUUAUUAAUGUGGUUUGAUGAUUCUAUUUUAACGAUGUUGAACAUUCCAUUUUUAACACCGGUGAACUGCAAUAUUCAAGGUCAGGUUUACAUAUGCCAUAAUUGUAACAGCUGUUUCGACUAUCCAAAUCCUCUGAAACUGCAUUUGGCAUUAGAUUGCAACCGAGUGGAUAACAGUUACAUUUGGAUGCUUCUAGCGAAUAAAAUCAUUAAUUCCCCGAGAACGGAUUUAUCUUUCAGCCAAUAUGCAGGAAGAAGCUUCACAUUCGAGCCGAAACCCUUGUCCAUUUCUAGACCGAUAGCAUUACCGAUCAGUAUACCAGAGGUACAAACAAAUGACGCUACCACUCGCUCGUUGAGGAACGAUUCGCCGUGCUCGUCGAAUCAAUUAUCGUCGACAUCUUCGAAUGGUCCAUCACCAAUACCACCGUAUUCCUCAGCAAAAUCCCCGCCGGCAGAGAUCUUGCCAAGCUCAUCGACCUAUAAAUCGUCCAUCGAGAAUGUAGCAGAGAGAAAUCGCCACUUAGCUUUGAGAUCCUACGAAGCUCUGAUACAUCAGAAUGUCAGGAAUAGUUUCAUGCCCUACAAUCAUCCCACCGUACAAGCAGAAUUCAAGAUGGGGAAUCCCGCGGAAGUGGAAGCACUCGCCAGCGACAUGGGCAAGUGCAGCGCUGGCUACAGAUGUAUAUUUUGUCAAAAAAUAUAUUCCAGAAAAUACGGAUUGCGGAUUCACGUUAGGACGCAUACGGGUUACAAACCCCUGAAAUGCAACUACUGUCAGCACAGAUUCGGGGAUCCCAGUAAUCUCAACAAACACGUGAGAUUGCACACAACAGGUGACAGUCCUUACAAGUGCAAUAUGUGCGACAAGGUCUUGGUCAGAAGGAGGGACUUGGAGAGGCAUGUAAAUUCCUGGCACUCAGAAAGGAACGACGCUAACGUUUCCAACGUCAACGAUGGGGAUUAAGAGACUUAUGGGAUUAGAAAAUAGAAUUUUCCAAAGUCUGUUAUAGUCUUUAACAGAUAUAAGUCUUUAUCUCACGCUGUUAAAAAAAUGUCAUUGUCCGUGAUAAAUAGAUUGCUUAAAGAGAAAUCCGAUAAUCAGUGAUAUUUUUCACUAAUUCUAAAUCAAUUUUAAAUAUUAAGAUACUAAACAGAAGGAUAUUACAUUAAUUAAAAUUAAUCUUAAGGAGUAAUAUCGUUCCUCGCUGUUUUACAACAGUUUCAACUAUUGAGCCUUUUUUUCAUUAAAAAUUUUUCUGAUUACAAUACAAAUUAAUAAUUAUAAAUGUAUUUUUAUAACUUAAGCUGUAUAUUACUUGUUUAUAGAUAUAGCUUUAUGAGUAUGUUAAAAAAAAAAAACGAUUUCUCUUACAGAUCUUAAUAAAGAAAGUCAAUGUAUUUAUUGUAAGAUUGUUGUUGUUGAAAAUAAACGCUUAUGCAUCAUAAACUGUUCAAUGUUUUAAAUGUACAAUUUUCUCAAAUCGUUUUAAAUUCAUUAAAGUAUAUUCCUUUUGUAAUA